AUGUCGCAGGCAGCACCGAAAGUGGCAGUUGAUAGCAAGUCAUCCGUCCCAUCAUCCGAAAUUAUCAGUUCGAAGUGGGAUGUUGUGAUUUCUAACGCAAUUGUGAAGACAGGACUUGGAUUUGGUGCCGGUAUCUUGCUUUCGGUACUUUUCUUCAAAAAGAGAAGUUUUCCGAUUUGGCUUGGAACCGGUAUAGGUCUUGGCAAGGCCUGGUCUGAAGGUGAUAGCGUGUUUAGAGGUGCAGGUGUGCGCGAUGUGCAUGCAUAG